AUGGCGCCAAAGAAGAAUAAUGCCAAGAAGGAGAUGAAGCGAAAGGAGCUGACGGAGGAGGACAUGCUCCGCCUCGGCAUGACGCCGGAGGACAUCAAGCGCAUUCUAGAGGAGCGUGGCAAGUCGUGCGAGGACAAGCAAGCGCAGCAGGCCCGCGAGGAGGCCCAGCGUCGCGAGGCCGAGGUCCGCCAGCGCCAGCAGCGUGAUCACCAGAAGCAGGUAGACGGCACGGUCGCUGAGGAAACCACAGCGAGGGCAGCGCUCCGAUACAAUGAGGACCAGGAGUGGACACAGAUGGAGUCUAGUGAACUGACACCGGCUAAGCAGAAGAUUUUGCGCCAAGUUGCCGUGAUGGUGGCACAGCGCCGAGCUGAAGAGGCGAAGCGGCGCCAGGAUGAGGAGCUCGCGGCGUACCAGGCGAAGCUGCAGAGCAUGUCAGACGUGCAGCGCGCUGCAUUUUUGGAAGAGGCGAAGGAGAAGGAGAAGCGCCGCAUCGAGGAUACCGUCGCGUUGGAGGAGAAGUUCAUUGAGCGCGAGCGCCGCCGCGAGGCCCGCCGUAAGGCCCGCAAGGAACGCCUCCUGAACAACCAAGAUGCUGACGACCUCCUCUCCAGCGAUGACGACGAGCCUAAGGACAAGGGCACAAAAAAGAAAGGCAAGGAGGAAGCCAUUGAUGAGCUGGAGUUCAACCUACAUGAGAAGUACCUGUGA